CGUUUCCAGCCCAGCCAGUCCUCGCGCUGUUCAAACCGAGGCUGCUCGCGUUGGGAACACCGACACGCAUUCCACUCGCGCCACGGAACGGGAUAUUUCGGCGAGUUUGGGAAUGUAACUAUGACUAGGACAUGCCAUCCAAGGAUCAUUCGAACGUGAGCCCCGGACGAGGAAUUGAGGUGGAUGUUAAAGUGGAUGACUAUUGUGUGAGAAAGCAAGGAACCGUUCAAUCAAUAAAGCCUGUGCUGAGUCCCUUUCUUGUUUGCUGAGUUCGUUUAAAAGUCCCUGAUUGAAGACGAAGUGUGGACCACCAUAUUCUUCACUUGCGAGGACCAGGGCAGAUAUGUGGCCUCAGCAGGGGCCACAAUGCUUUAUUAGCCCAAUGACUGUGGUGCUCUUUGGGCUGCUGUCUAUCUGCACAUUCCCCCACCUUUCUGGAGGAUCCCAAGAUCCAUUUAGGUCCUUCUUGCCUCCCGACUUGGGUCUAACGCAUUUAGCCAUCCAUAACAAGACAGGGGAUGUGUACGUUGGUGCGGAAAACUGGAUCUACAAGCUUUCUAGCAACUUGACCAAGUUGAGGAGUCAUAUGACAGGUCCUGUAAAGGACAACGAGAAAUGCUAUCCACCCCCAGAUGUACAGGUAUGCCCCCAUGACCUUGCCCCAAACAGUAAUGUGAACAAGCUGCUGCUUAUAGACUAUGCCCAAAACCGACUCAUUGCUUGUGGAAGCACCUCGCAAGGCAUCUGUCAGUUUCUACGACUGGAUGAUCUUUUCAAGCUUGGCGAGCCACACCACCGUAAGGAACACUACCUCUCUAGCGUAGUCGAGUCCGGAACCAUGUCUGGGGUCAUCAUCUCUGAGGGUCAAAUCAGCAAGCUUUUCAUUGGAACUCCAAUCGAUGGAAAAUCAGAGUACUUCCCAACUCUUUCGAGCCGUAAGUUGAUGGCCAAUGAGGAGGAUGCUGACAUGUUCAGCUUUGUCCACCAGGAUGAGUUUGUCUCCUCCCAGCUGAAGAUACCUUCGGAUACGCUGUCCAAAUUCCCGACGUUUGACAUCUACUACAUAUACAGCUUUCGCAGUGAACAGUUUGUGUACUACUUGACCUUGCAGUUGGAUACCCAACUAACUUCUCCUGAUGCCAGUGGGGAACAGUUUUUCACCUCUAAGAUUGUCCGACUCUGUAUCGAUGAUCCAAGGUUCUACUCCUACGUGGAGUUCCCAAUCGGAUGCACCAAAGAUGGCGUAGAGUACCGACUGAUCCAGGACGCCUACUUGGCCAAACCCGGAAGGCAACUUGCAAACUCUUUGGGCAUAUCCGAGCAAGAGGACAUAUUGUUUACAGUCUUCUCCCAAGGCCAGAAGAACCGGGCCAAACCCCCAAAAGAGUCAGCACUCUGUCUGUUCACGUUAACUAGAAUAAAGGAGAAGAUAAAGGAAAGGAUUCAGUCGUGCUAUAGAGGAGAAGGCAGGCUGUCUUUGCCCUGGCUACUCAACAAGGAGCUACCAUGCAUCAACUCGCCUCUCCAGAUCGAUGAUAAAUUCUGCGGGCAGGAUUUUAACCAGCCUCUAGGGGGCACCAGCACCAUCGAGGGCAUCCCGCUCUUCAUAGACAAAGACGACGGAAUGACUUCGGUAGCUGCUUACGAUUACCGCGGAAACACGGUGGUUUUUGCAGGAACACGCAACGGCCGGUUGAAGAAGAUUCUGGUUAAUUCGGUGAGUCCGUCGCGGCCGGCGCUGCUGUACGAGAGCGUCCCGGUGAGCGAGGGCAGUCCGGUGCUGCGGGACACACUCUUCAGCCCAGACCUGCAGUUCAUCUACACACUCACCGACAGACAGGUGACGCGUGUGCCGGUGGAGCGCUGCUCUCAGUACAGCAGCUGCUCUGAAUGUCUGAGCUCCAGAGACCCUCACUGCGGCUGGUGUGUCCUCCACAACAUUUGUUCUCGGCGCGAUCGCUGUGAGAGAGCCGACGAGCCGCAGAGAUUCGCCUCCAGAGAGGAGCAGUGUGUGGAGCUCACGGUCCAGCCCAACAACAUCUCUGUCACCAUGGCCCAAGUCCAGCUGGUCCUGCAGGCCCGCAACGUCCCGGAUCUUUCCGCAGGGGUGAACUGUUCCUUCGAGGAUUACACCGAGAGCGAAGCAACAAUACACGGAUCACGGAUCUUCUGCCUCUCGCCGUCAGCCAAAGAGCUCGUCCCCAUCACACGCCAGCAGAAAGACACUCAUGUGGUGAAGCUGUAUCUGAAAUCGAGGGAAACGGGGCAGAAGUUCGCCAGUGUGGAUUUCACCUUCUACAACUGCAGCAUCCACAGAUCGUGCUUGUCCUGUGUGAACGGCUCGUUCCCGUGUCACUGGUGUAAAUACAGACACUUGUGCACACAGAACGCCAACGACUGCUCCUUCCAGGAGGGACGCGUCAACAUGUCGGAGGACUGUCCUCAGAUUCUGCCGUCCACUCAGAUCUACAUCCCGGUCGGCGUCCCGAAGCCCAUCACGCUGUCGGCUCGUAACCUUCCCCAGCCUCAGUCCGGUCAGAGGAACUACGAGUGCAUCUUCCACAUCCAGGGCGAGACGCAGAGCGUGACGGCGCUGCGCUUCAACAGCUCCAGCAUCCAGUGCCAGAGAACCACCUAUAACUACGAAGGAAGUGACAUCAGCGAUCUUCCCGUCGAUCUGUCUGUGGUGUGGAACGGCAACUUCAUCAUCGACAACCCUCACAACAUCCAAGCGCACCUGUACAAGUGUUCUGCGCUGCGGGAGAGCUGUGGUUUGUGUCUGAAGGCCGACCCCAGCUUCGAGUGCGGCUGGUGUGUUCAGGACAGGAAGUGCUCUCUGAAGCAGGAGUGUGCUCCGGAGGAACAGACCUGGAUGCACGCGAGCGCCGGGAACAGCCGCUGCACGCACCCGCGCAUCACCAGAUUGUCUCCUGAGACCGGCCCGAGGCAGGGAGGAACCAGACUGACCAUCAGCGGAGAGAAUCUGGGCCUUCAGUUCAGAGACAUCCAGAACGGAGUGAGGAUCGGGAAAGUGUCCUGUCAGCCCAUCGAGGAGGAAUACAUCAGCGCUGAGCAGAUCGUGUGUCGAUUGGCCGAUGCCACAGGUUACCGUGUGCAGGAGGCUCAGGUGGAGGUGUGUGUUCGAGACUGUCUGCCGGAGUACAGGGCCGUGUCUCCAAAAGCCUUCACGUUUGUGUCUCCGUACUUCACACGCGUGCUGCCGUCAUACGGACCCAUUUCCGGAGGAACCAGGAUCACUAUUCAGGGCAGCCAUCUGAACUCGGGCAGCGCCGUCUCCAUCAAGAUCGGACUCAACACCUGCCGCUUUGAGAGGCGAAGCGCCCGUGAGAUCGUGUGUGUGACUCCGGCUGGUUUGGGAACAGGAGGGACCCCGGUGAUGGUGGACAUCAACGCAGCCGAGCUCAGAAACCCGGAGGUGAAGUUCAACUACACGGAGGACCCCAGCAUCCUGAAGAUCGAGCCGGACUGGAGCAUCGCCAGUGGAGGAACCCCGUUAACGGCGAUCGGCAGCAACCUGGCCACCGUCAGAGAGCCCAAGAUGAGAGCCAAGUACGGCAGCGUCAGUUCAGUCCAUAACUGCACUGUGCUCAGUAACACGGUGAUGGUGUGUCUGGUGCCGUCCGUGGCGGGGUCCGAGAGGGGUUUCUCAGAGGCGGGCAGCGGGCCGGAUGAGAUCGGCUUCAUCAUGGAUAACGUUCAGACGCUGCUGGUGGUGAACGAGACCUUCAGCUUUUAUCCAGACCCUGUGUUUGAACCCUUCAGCCCAUCCAUUCUGGAGCUCAAACCAGGAUCCCCUCUCAUCCUGAAGGGCAAGAAUCUGAUUCCUUCGGCUGCUGGUAACUACAGGUUAAACUACACGGUUCUGAUCGGUGACAAGCCGUGUGUGUUAACCGUGUCCGAGGCCCAGCUGAUGUGUGAUUCUCCAGACAUCUCCGGACAACAUAAAGUCACAAUCCUGGCCGGAGGUUUCCGAUACUCUCCAGGAACUCUGCAGAUCUACUCGGAUAGUCUGCUGACGCUCCCCGCCAUCAUCGGGAUCGGAGGAGGAGGAGGUCUUCUUCUGCUCGUCAUCAUCAUCAUCCUCAUCGCUUACAAGCGUAAAUCCCGUGACGCGGACCGGACGCUCAAGCGGCUUCAGCUGCAGAUGCACAACCUGGAGUCCAGAGUCGCUCUGGAGUGUAAAGAGGCGUUUGCGGAGCUGCAGACUGAUAUCCAUGAGCUGACUCAGGAUCUGGAUGGAGCUGGAAUCCCGUUCCUGGAUUACUGUACGUACGCCAUGAGAGUGCUUUUCCCAGGAAUAGAGGACCAUCCGGUGCUGAAGGAGAUGGAGGUCCCAGCGAACAUGGAGAAGGCUCUGACUCUGUUCGGCCAGCUCUUGAAUAAGAAGCACUUUCUGCUGACGUUCAUCCGGACGCUGGAGGCCCAGCGCUCGUUCUCCAUGCGCGACCGCGGGAACGUGGCGUCCCUCAUCAUGAGCGCCCUGCAGGGUGAGAUGGAGUACGCCACCGGUGUCCUGAAACAGCUCCUGUCUGACCUCAUCGACAAGAACCUGGAGAGCAAGAACCACCCCAAACUCCUGCUGCGAAGGACCGAAUCUGUGGCUGAGAAGAUGCUAACAAACUGGUUUACUUUCCUCCUCUACAAGUUUCUGAAGGAGUGUGCAGGCGAGCCUCUCUUCAUGCUGUAUUGUGCUAUAAAGCAGCAGAUGGAAAAAGGGCCGAUAGAUGCCAUCACCGGAGAGGCCAGAUACUCGCUCAGCGAAGACAAACUCAUCCGACAACAGAUCGACUACAAAACAGUGACGCUGAACUGCAUUAACCCAGAGAUUGAGAACGCAGCCGAGGUCAGCGUUAAGUGCCUGAACUGCGACACCAUCACACAGGUCAAAGAGAAGCUGCUGGACGCCGUCUUCAAAGGCACUCCGUACUCACAGCGGCCCAAAGUGGGAGACAUGGACCUCGAGUGGCGUCAGGGUCGUAUGGCUCGAAUCAUUCUCCAGGACGAGGACGUCACCACGAAGAUCGACAACGACUGGAAGCGUCUCAACACGCUGGCACACUAUCAGGUAACAGACGGGUCAGCGAUCGCAUUGGUUCCCAAGCAGAACUCCGCCUACAACAUCUCCAACUCCUCAACGUUCACCAAAUCCCUCAGCAGAUACGAGAGCAUGCUGAGGACGGCCAGCAGUCCGGACAGCCUUCGCUCGCGGACGCCCAUGAUCACGCCAGACCUGGAGAGCGGCACCAAACUCUGGCACCUGGUGAAGAACCACGACCAUCCGGACCAGAGGGAGGGCGACCGCGGCAGCAAGAUGGUCUCUGAGAUCUACCUGACGCGUCUGCUGGCCACCAAGGGGACACUGCAGAAGUUUGUAGACGACCUGUUUGAGACCAUCUUCAGUACGGCCCACCGGGGCAGCGCUCUUCCCCUGGCCAUCAAAUACAUGUUUGACUUCUUAGACGAGCAGGCGGACCGACACAUGAUAUCAGACCCUGAUGUCAGACACACGUGGAAGAGCAACUGCUUGCCGUUGAGGUUCUGGGUGAACGUGAUCAAGAACCCGCAGUUUGUGUUCGACAUUCACAAGAACAGCAUUACAGACGCGUGUCUGUCCGUCGUGGCUCAGACCUUCAUGGACUCCUGCUCCACGUCAGAACACAAGCUGGGCAAAGACUCGCCCUCCAACAAGCUGCUGUACGCUAAAGACAUCCCCAACUACAAGAACUGGGUGGAGAGGUAUUACUCUGAUAUCUCGCGGAUGCCUGCGAUCAGUGAUCAGGACAUGAGCGCGUAUCUGGCCGAACAGUCGCGUCUGCAUUUAAAACAGUUCAACAGUAUGAGCGCGCUGCACGAGAUCUUCUCCUACAUCACCAAAUACAAGGACGAGAUCCUGUCGGCGCUGGAGAGAGAUGAACAGUCGCGUCGACAGAGACUGAGGGCUAAACUGGAGCAGGUGAUCGACACCAUGGCUCUCUCCAGCUGAUCGGGACUGGACACCUCCGUGUGUGUGUGUGUGUGUGUUUUUACACCAGGACAGAUUCACAACGCUGAAUGUAGGUGGUGUAGAUUUUGCGUUGUUGGACAAAGACGCUCUUUCCUGCUUUGAAGAGACAAUGAGGACGUAUGGGACCUCUGCUGAAGUCAUGUGACCGUGUCACGAGCCAAUGAUCGCGACGGAUCAAAGGACACUCGAAUCUGAUUGUGUUUACUAUGUUUAUUAUUUUGUACAUAUGUUAUCGACGCUCCGCUUUCUCUGCCACUUGUGUUUCUGCUGAAUUUGCACAGUUUACAGAAUCAACGAGCAACUGCCUCCAUCUCGUGCACACCACGUCCCGUUUCAGGUCAGGAAACGCAACGGGGCGCUUCAUUUAACCUUUACACACAGGUGUGUUGACGAAGGUGAAUUUGACAUUACACAAAUGACAAAAAGAAGGAAAACAUAACUAAAAAUAUUGUCCUGUGCCAUGUUUUAUUUGAAUGUUGUUUGAUGCUAAAAUAAAAAGGGUUUGUGAAGUAGCAAUGUGCUCUGAAUGAAAAAUAAAAUGAUGACAGGAGAAAUAUUUCAUCCAAAAAUGAUACUUUUUUAAAUUUUGACUGAACUGUUUCUUUAAAGCAAAGCUUUAAUCACGGAUUCAUCAGAUGCUCCUCUUGAUUUUAGCUGAAUCAGCUCCCUCAUUAAACGCGUUCAUCCUCCUCGUCUUUCAGCAGAAAUCACUAGGUUUAGUGAGACUGAGCUGAAAUAAAUGAUUGAAAAGGAGGCCGAGUGAAUAGUUUCAGAUGCAUGAGUCAGUGUUUCUGCGGCGUGUCGAUACGAUCGUUCAUCAGGCCUUCAGCCUCCGUGAUCAGAAAAGAGAACUGGUCUUUUGUUUUUAAUGAGAUGGGCCUGAUUGAUUCAGACUCCAUCGCUCGGCUUUCAUUGAUCACUUUAAGAGGAGACAUCUCGUUUGUCAAACUCUGUUGUUUCCUCUUGAACAUGAGAUUCAUCAUUUAUGAGCCAAUGUUUCAGUGCUUCAUAAAGUGGUACGAGAUGUUUAAUCGAUCUUCCAUGUUCUCAAUGAGUCUCUUCUGAAGUUUUUGGCCAGUUUCUCACAUCAGAUUUAACUCGAAGAGCUCGUGAGAUCAACAUGUCGCUUAGAUUUGAGUAAAAAAUGAACAAAUUAAAUUUUAGCUGGUUUACCUUUAGCAUUAAAAAAUUGCAGUGUUUUUCUUCCAGGAAAACCAGUCCAAAAACAUUGAAGAUCUUGUUAUAAGCUACAACAAAAAUUGCUAAAUAAAAGCUAUUAACUGUUUUGUAAAGUAAUGAAAUGGAUCUAUUUUAAUUGGAAAUACGCCAGCAGAUGUAAACCAUACUCAUCAGGCCUUUUCACGGGGUUUCUACGGCUUAUUUUACCAAAAUAUCAAAUUAAAGUCAAGUUCAUAUUAAGAAUGAUAACUAUAUUAGCAUCCAAUAAUAUUGCAUAAUUUAAAUGUGCACUUCUAUGAUGUUUUGUUUAUAAAAUUGCAAUGCACACUUUAAAUGGGAAGACUUUGACUUGCUGUACGUUUUUAUUGUUCAUCAGCUAUAAAGAUACAUUUGAAUUUGAAAGUGAUUCCAAAUAUGGAAUGGUUAAAGUUAUCAUUCUUGGUGUGAACCGGUUUAAUGGUUUUACUGUAACUAAAGUAACCAGCUCUACUGUCAGGUGACAUCAUCAUGGUCCUCAGUGACAUCAUUCACUUUUAACCACAGACAAAAAGAAGAAAAACAGACUUUAUAUUGACACUGAAGUUUCAACUUUGCCGGUUUGGCUUUCUUCCUGCUCGACUGGUUUGUUUUGACAGAUCUACAUAAUCUUCAUGCAAUAACCUUGUGCUGUCAGCGGAUUGGUGCAUAUCUUCACUUUGCACAAUCAAUUCUGUAUCGGUUGAUUUAGACUGAUGGAGGUGGUGUUGGUGUUUUCGGUCAGUGUAAAUGGAGUGGACAGCCUGUUGAUCUUCUAAUCAGUCUGAUUUGAUGUCACAUGAUUUAAAAUGAGUUCGAAACAUCUCAGGAUCUUCCUUUCACUCUUGAGUUUGUCUCUCGACCAGAGACUGGACUCACUGGUGACGUUCUGGACAUUUGGGUUGCGCUUCUUCCCAGGGACUCUCAAUGUUUACACCCAACUUUAAAAUCACUUGUACAAAAGAGAAGUUGUGAUUUAAUUUAUUUUUUAUUUUGAUCCUGUUGUCGUGUUUCUUAGAUUGAAAUGUGUCUAAACUGGUGCUUUUGGAGUGUUCUCUGCUUUCCUUUCGUACAUUGCUAUAAUAUCUUCUACAGUUUUCAUGAAUCUGCUCUUUAACUCCAGAUGUCUGUGAAGGUCCGCGUUGAUGACAUGCAGUAAUACUGAGGCACGGAUGCGAAAGCUAUCAUGUCUAACCUCAUCCCUCUUUUUCUUUUUCUUUCCUGUAAUUUCUGAAAAGUAAUAAUGAAGUAUCUGUCCUUCAGACCAGAAAAAAAAGCAGAGAUGAAGGAAGACAGUUGUUGUUGGAACUAAAAUAACAAAAGACAUUUGAACAAUUAUGAUUGAGGACUCAGACUGUCACUGCUAUCUAUUCAUAUGUAAAUGUUUUUUUUUUUUUCCUCAGAUUUACUACUUGUAAAUAAGUAUCAAGGAGAAAUUAAACAUGCUUUUGCUAAAA